ACCUGGAUGUAUGUACCCCUAACCUAGGCCCUGUUUCUAAAUGGAAGGGGCGAUAAGUGUCAAGAAGAAUCAAGGAGGACCUAAAAGAAGCGAUACAAAGUGAAACAGGUCAAAAGAAGAAGAUUCAAGAGGGCCAAGACCAGGACCAAAACAAACAGCUGUCUGCGGGCGGCGAGGGGAAAGUCACAGCGGCGAGCAGCAGCAAGACAGGGCGAGGAGCAGACAAGCGGGUGAAGGCCGCAGCACCGACACGGGCAAGCGAAGUAUAAAGCUGUCCUGUGCCUGACUGGCGUGCGUGGUGGAGCAGCCCUGAGGAAGGAACAGCCGAGCCGCCAGCAUCAUGGCAGGCUCGUCUCAGGGAUCAGCUACGGAGUAUGUGGUGCGAGUUCCCAAGUAUACCAAGAAGAAGUACCACAUGAUGCGGUUCCAUGCAGCACUGGGGGUGGAUUUCAAGACAUGGACGCAUACCAAGGUAGCUCGUGAGAACAAUAUGAAGGAAUUCAAGGGAACAGAAGAGGAAAUGCCUAGGUAUGGAGCAGGUUCAGAAUAUGGCAGAGAGCAGAGGGAGGAAGCACGCCGCAAGAAAUAUGGCAUCAAUGUGAAGAAGUACCGGCCUGAAGACCAGCCUUGGGUUCUCUCUGUGGCUGGCAAGAAUGGCAGAAAAUUCAAAGGGAUCAGGGAGGGAGGUGUAUCAGAAAACUCUUCGUGGUAUGUAUUCAUGCAAGGAAAGGAUGGGGCAUUUGAAGCUUAUCCAGUGGAAGAGUGGUACAACUUCAAGCUCAUCCAGCAAUACAAAGCUCUUAGUGCUGAGGAGGCAGAGAGGGAAUUUGAGAGGAGGGACAAGAUCAUGAAUUACUUCUCUGUAAUGUACCAGAAAAAGUUGAAGAAAGAUGGAGACGAGGCAGGAGAGGGUGAAGAGGAAAAAACGAAAAAGAAGGGCCCGUCUGCCAAAAAUUUGAUGCUGUCAGAGUUGGAUGAUUGGAUGUCGGAUGAUGGUUCAGAUGGCGAUGAAGACAAGGAAGGCGAAGAUGAUGAUGAUGAUGAAGGGAACAUGAAGAAGAAAAAGAAGGUACCAGCCAAGGGCAGAAAACAACAUGGGGGGAAGAAGAAGAAGAACCCUGAUGGAGAUAGUGAUGAUGACUGUUUCGAAGAAAGUGAUGAAUAUGAUGAUGGUGCUGAGCAUGAUUAUAUCUCCAGUGAUUCAUCAGAUUCUGAUGCUGAAAAUGAUGAAAUAGUAAGAAAGGAACUUGCUGGGGUUGACCAGGCAGAUGCCCUUAAAAAACUCCUGAACUCAGAUGAAGAAGAUGAGGAAGAGAAAGAGAAGGAGGAGGAGGAAAAUGAAGAAGACAAGAAAGAAAGUGAAGACAAGGAGGAGAAAGACAAAAAAAAGAAAAAGAAGAAGAAGAAAAAGGAAAAGAAGGCUGAAGUAUCUAAGGAAGAUUCGGAAGGCAAAAGUUCAGACAGCAGUGGUGAUGAAGACAAUAGCAAGAAGAAAAAGAAAAGCAAGGACUCUGAAAGCAAAAAGGAGGGUGGAGGGGAGAGUUCAGGUGGCAAGAGAAAGCUUAAGACUAAUGCUGCUGACCAGGCAGCCAAGAGGCAACGAACAGACCUUGCUGGAGGUGCGGGAGGGGGCACCUCCUCUCCCAUGGUUUCUUCGGGCAGUGACAGUGGAGUAACAGAGGAGGCAAUACGGAGGUACCUAAUGCGGAAGCCCAUGACCACCACUGAACUGCUACACAAAUUUAAGUGCAAGAAAACUGGCCUCAACUCUGAUCAGCUGGUACAUGCCAUCGCACAGAUCCUGAAACGCAUCAAUCCAACCAAACAGAUGGUCAAAGGCAAAAUGUACCUCUCCCUCAAGCAAUAGUCAUUUGGAAGGGCAAUUAAUGUGCCUUAAGCUUUAAUGUUUAAGGUGAGAUUUGGCUUCAUUCCCUUUUCUUAUUAUGGUUGUAGGUGUUGAUAUGAAGACAAAGUCAGGAGUAAGAUUAUGAAGUAGGGAAAAUGGCAAUUUAUGAAACUAGUAUUGCUGAUAGUUGAUGAUUAUGAAAGUAAAGAUCAUUGAAGGGUGUUCAUGUUUAUACAAUUGGUAAAACAAUGAACUCUAACAUUUUGUAACUUAACUUUUAUAGAAAAUAUUUUUUGUGUAUGUAUUUAGGAAUCAUUAUAAAAUAGGUAUAUAAUGGAAUCUAUAUAUUUAUAUUUCUUAUAUAGAUCUUGUAUAUUUAUUUGAUUUUAACAUUAAAAACACCAGUCAGUACUCAGUGACAUAAUUUGAGUUUUACAAUCAACACAUAAAGUCUUAGUUGUUUAUAUUAACCAUAAAAUAACAAAAUAGUAAGUGCAAGGAAGCAAGAAGUCUUCAGCACACAGGCAGAAUGUCAUCUCUUCAUCUGUCCACUGUGCACAACUUUGCUGCAUUGCUCCUUUUAGGAACUCACCAUCAGGGAAUGGACACAGCAGAUGUUUUUUUGUUUGUACACUCCCUUGCUGGAACACACACAUAUCUUAGGGGGUAACCAUAACAAAAGAAUCUCCACUUUUCCUUGUUUAUUUAUUAUAUAUAUAUAUAUAUAUAUAUAUAUAUAUAUAUAUAUAUAUAUAUAUAUAUAUAUAUAUAUAUAUAUAUAUAUAUACACAUAUAUAUAUAUAUCCAAUCCCAUCAGUGCCAAGUCUUCCUGUAUACACCUUCUCCACAUUUUCCUAGGUCUACCAACUGGUCUCCUUCCUUCUACCUCCAAUCUCUCCAAAACUCCCAGCACUGUAUCCUCCCCUGCUCUCUUUACAUGUCCAAACCAUUGGAGUCUUUCCCUUCUGAGCACUGUUUCCAGGUCUACAUCUGUUAGCUACAUCUGCACUGGACACCCUGUCUUGCCACCUGAUCCCCACCAUAUACCUCAACAUUCUGCAAUCACUUGCUCUCAAUACCUCCAUCAAUUUUCUAGUUAGUGCCCGUGUUUCUGCUCCAUACAACAUCA